AUGUGGAGAAACUCUGCUGGCAGACUUAGUCGCAAUUUCUAUCAACAAUGCCGUCUAUAUUCUCGCGGCAAGAAGCAGUUGAUUGCGUCUAAAAACUCUCAGCGCCUCGAUGCCAAACCAACCGAGAAAUCAGACAAGAGCAAACUUUUUGCCUUCGGCAACUUCUCCGCACUCAAAAACCCGGAAAAGAAGCAGAUCGAGACGUCGCACGCUGCAAUCGACAAGAUUGUCUCCUUUGAUUCUCUCCGCAUUUUUCCGACCGUGAGAGCUGCCAUGAUGAAGGAGAUCAAGAAGGGCUACAACCUCAAAAACACAUACGUCAAGAGUAUAGACGAGGUGGAAAUAAAACCCUCUCCUGUUCAGAUUGCGGCAAUCCGGAAAAUCAACCAACCAAGAAGGGUUGCAGCGAAGAACUUGGAGAAAGCGGGAACAGAUAUCCUUUCGGAGGUUAUGGAGGAAAACGAGAAGCGGAAGUUGAAAAUCUUCACCAUUGCUGCUGAAACCGGCUCGGGAAAAACCUGGGCCUAUUUGGCGCCCGUUUUGUCGAUGUUGAAGCAAGAUGACAUGGCUCUUUACAACAGGAGUCCUGCAGCCUUGCAAGAGGCUCAGCGCAGCGCAAGCAUUCGCUCGGUUAUCCUUCUUCCUACUCAUGAACUUGUUGACCAAGUUUAUGAUACUCUCAAGUAUGUUGCUACUGCUCCCUUGGACUCCAGUGUGGACAUACCGAAAAAGGUAUUCGCCUCGAAGGAAUUCGAGUCUUACUUUAAAGACGAGGCAAAUGCGUCCUCCUUGAAUCUUAAUGUCUUUAAAUGGAGUGUGGGAGACUCACCCAGCAAGCUCUUCAACAAAGCGGACUCCAGACGUAUUGAUGUAUUGAUCACCACCCCGGGCAAAAUUCAGAGUUUAAAGAGACUCACGAACUACGAGCGGCCUUUCAAAUACUUCAAAUUCGUUGACUACUGUGUGGUUGACGAAGCUGAUACUCUUGUUAACGAAUCAUGGUUCGAGGAGACUGCGUUGACUUUACAGCUCUUUGGCAAGCUAAAGGACCUCAUUCUUUGCUCCGCUACCAUACCAAAGGAAUUCGAAAAGGCUAUUCAAAGGCUCUUUACCAGUAAAGACUCCAUCAUCAGAAUUGUCACGCCUCAAAUCCAUAAGAUUCCGAAGCAAAUUGUCGUCAAAGUCAUUGACGCUGAACAAAGUCCUUUCCAUGGUUCCAAGUCAAGAUGUCUUGCGCAAGCAUUGUAUGCUAUUCACAAUGAUGGUACCGAAAGCGGAUUUGUGAAGCGAGUCAUUGUGUUUGUGAACGAAAAGAAACAUGUGGAGCCUUUGGUCGAGACACUUGUUCAAAAGUACCAUCACAAAGAAGAAGAUGUUGUCGGCAUCUCGGGAAGUGACGACCAUCGGGACCGUGCUGAAAAGAUACUCCCCUUCGUUAAUCCUGCUGCCUCUCUUGAAGGAGAGGCCACUAAGCUUAAGAUUCUCGUCACCACCGACCUCUUGGCUCGUGGUCUUAAUUUCCACAGCAUCAAGAACGUCAUUCUAAUGGAUAUUCCAAAGACAUCCAUUGAUUUAAUUCAUAGAAUUGGAAGAACAGGCAGGAUGCGUCAAUCCGGACGUGUUUUUGUCAUCAUAGACAAGAAGUCCCGCAAGUCGUGGAUCAAGGGACUCCCUAGAGCCAUCAAGGCUGGCGCAACAUUGGGAUAA